AUUCCGGGGCUCCACUCGGCCCGCAUGUGCCCACUACACCUCAGCAUCCAGAACCGCACCACUCGACAGCCACUCGCAUCUCUCACCAGCGCAGUGGCCCGCACUCAUAUCCGCUCAUUGGAUCAUAAAAGGUAGAUAUUGCAGUACCGAAACGUGCUGUGAAACGGCAUUCCGAGACUCAAUGGCAUCGAUCAAUGACCUCGCCACGGCGGCCAUAGCGACUUCGGCCGCAACCGGCGGGCAGGCCGGGGAUGCCCUCCCCGUCACCACGCCGCCGGCGGGUGUCAUUCGCGGCGCCUUCAUUGCCUUUGAAGGCCUUGAUCGGAGCGGCAAGACUACGCAGGUGAAGUUGCUUGAGCAGCGGUUGAUUGAGGAGGGGAAGAAGGUCAAAGUCAUGCGGUUUCCGGACAGAACAACGCCUAUUGGCCAGAUGAUUGAUGCCUAUCUCAAGAGCUCGGUCGAGAUGGAAGACCACGUCAUCCACCUCCUCUUUAGCGCAAACAGAUGGGAAGCAGUAAAAAACAUCCAAAAUCUCCUGGCGUCAGGAUACACCGUCAUCUGCGACAGGUAUUACCACUCCGGCAUCGUCUACUCCGCCGCGAAACAGAACCCCCACCUGAACCUCCACUGGGCACGCCAACCGGAACUCGGCCUCCCCCGACCGGAUCUCGUUCUGUUUCUCGACCUCGAAGAGGCCGUCGCCAGAGAGCGCGGGGGCUGGGGCGGGGAGGUGUACGAAAAGGCCGAGUUCCAGAAGCGGGUACGCGAGCUGUUCUGGGGGCUGAGCUUGGGGCGAGUUGGGCCUGAUGGCGGGCUGGGCGAGGAGGGCAGGGUUGAUCGGGAGUUCCGGCAGGAGGAGGAGGAUCUGGUUGUGGUUGAUGCUGGGGGCACGCUGGAGGAUGUUGCGGAGGAGAUUUGGAGGAAGAUUGGGCCGAGGGUGGAGGGGGUUGAGAAGGGCGAGGCUGGGAGCACGGUGAGGGUUGUGUCAUGAGUUGCGUAACUCAUGAUUUACAGAGCAGAGGGUAAUUCUGGCUAGCGUUGUCGAAUGGUGUGGAAUUUGGUGAAGAUGCGUAGAGUACUUGGACCAACAUAAUCGAUUCCACUGGCUAAGC